CACCCGGUGAGGACGACCCUUCCUUUCGGGUUGUACUCGUAGACCCGCCACGGGCUGGAUUGGACAGACACACACGGAAGAUGGUCUCUAAUUACGAAGACAUCUUGUACAUAUCCUGUGCGCCCCUCUCCUUAUUGCGUGACCUGCGCGGGGAGAGCGAGGAAGAACGGCGACAGAGUGCAGACAGGAAGUUCCUGUCGCUCGCAGGCUUUGGGCUUGUUCACACGCACAAAGUGGUGGACAUGUGUGUCCUUGACCACUUCCCGGGCACGCGGCAUAUCGAGGUCGCCGUCCACCUACAGCGACGCGGAACCGACGAGAAAGGAG